AUGUCACUCGAACUUACCAAGGAGAAGCUAGUGGAGACGCUGGAGCGUGCCAGCACCCCGCGCGGCGCGCAGCCCGAGAUACAGAAGCAAGCGGAGCAGCAAUUGAAGAUAUGGGAGGUGCAGGCUGGGUACCACUUCUUUUUGCAGUCCAUCUACCUGGACCUCUCGUGCUCGCUGCAGAUCAGGUGGCUGGCGAUCAUCCAGUUCAAGAACGGGCUGGACAAGUACUGGCGGGCAACGCGGGUGAACGCGAUCUCGAAGGAUGAGAAGCAGUCGAUACGGGCGCGGCUGUUUGAGAUGGUGGAUGAGCAGAACAACCAGCUGUGCAUCCAGAACGCGCACGCGUGCGCGCGGAUCGCGCGCUCGGACUACCCGCACGACUGGCCCGAUCUGUUCGAGUACUUUGAGAAGGCGCUUGGCGACUACGACGCGCUGCAAAACAACGUGCGCACGUACAACGUCCUGGUGUGCCUGAACCAGGUGGUGAAGCUGCUGGCCUCGGCCCGCGUCGCGCGGUGCAGGCCCGCGAUGCAGAGCAAGAUGCCCCUGCUCUUCCCGCUGCUCGUACGCGUUUACAUGACCAACUUCAACCAGUGGACCUCUUCGACGAGCUUCGAGGACACGGAGCUUUCGAGUCUGCAGGUGUCGUACCUGGCGCUGAAGAUACUGCGGCGCGCCAUUUCUGAUGUGUACGAGAUCCCCCACAGGGACCAGUCUGUCGUGGAAUUUAUGGAUAUUUCUGUCCGGCACUUUGAUCUGCUGCUCUCUAACCACGACACGCUGAAGAUGUUUGACACCUACGAGAAGUUUGUGAAGGGUUAUGGAAAACUAUACUACAACUUCAUCACGGCUUCUCCGUCGAGCUUUAUCCUGCUGCCCUGCUGUUGCACCGUCCUCUCCAAGUUUACAAAACUCCUAUCUGAUCGGGCGGCCGAUGUAUACCAGGAAAACGCUGAAGUCAACGGCGAUUUUUGGGAGCAGCUCUCCAUUCGCGGAUUUGGGAUUCUAAAACGGACAAUUAACUUCAUCCGACAAAAGGGUGCUGUCUCACUCAGGAUGCAGGCCAACAGAGCCGAGGUCAAUGCAGCUAUAGCAAAGAUCAAUACCCAGUUCUUAAAUGAGGCGCUUGUCACACAACUAGUGGACCUUUUAGUAGACUGGUACUUGAAACUCAGGCCAGCGGAGCUGGAUCAUUGGUCCUUGGACCCUGAGGAUUGGAUGAAUGAGCAGAUGACAAGCAACUAUGAAUACCAGAUUAGACCCUGUGCGGAAAACUUCUUCCAGGAUCUCAUGAACUGCCUACCCGACUUUCUCGCUACAUAUUUGCUGAAGAAGCUAGAGCAAGAAGGGUCCCAGCUGACAUCCUCGUUGGAUGACUUCUUGAAGAAAGAUGCUAUUUUUGCUGCGUUCCAGCUCAGCUCGGUAACUGUCGCGGAUAUGGUGGACUUUGACCAUUUAUUGAUAAAUGUUUUCAUUCCGGAGGCUGUCGGCACAGGCGCGACCUCAGCAGAGAGACUAAGGAUAAUCAGGAGGAGAGUCAGUUUGAUCGUGAAUGAGUGGUGCACUGUGAAGUGCUCUGCCGAAAGCAAAGAUAAUUGCUAUAAGUUAUUUUUACAGCUUUUGAAUGAGGAUGAUGACAAAGUGGUCCAACUGUCAGUGAUCCAGGCCCUGCGGACCAUGGUUGGUGACUGGGACUUUCAGAAAGAGAGUUUUGCUCCCUACCUAAAUGAUUUUGUCGUAGUACUUCUGAGGAAAGUGCUUUCCUCAGUACAGUAUACCGAAACCAGGCUAUACGUUUUGAAUACACUCAGCGACAUAAUAAUUCAAAAUAAGGACUCCAUAAGUAAUCCGUUAUUGAUGGAGGUCCUGCAAAUUGUUCCAGGCUUAUGGGACCUUGCCAGUAGCGACCAAACGCAGUCAAUUCUCGCAAACGCUCUAUUGAGAUUGUUAAGGUACUUGUCUAUCUCGUUGGGUGCAUAUUCUUACAAUGCAUGGGGCGCAGCAAUCCCAAUUGUCGAGACAGUGUGCAACCCAAGUUCCCUGCAUUAUAGCCUCUUAUAUGAAGACGGAUUCGAGCUGUGGAGCGCUCUGUUGCAGAAUUUCGAUCCAACGAAAGCGCAACUGGACCCCAGACUUACUGAUUCGCUGCCAUUUUUGCAAUAUGCGAUAGCAAAUCAAACAGAAAUACUGCCAACUCUGCUGGAGAUAGUUAAAAGCUAUAGCCUACUUCUACCGAAGGAGCAGUUUUUUUCCAUCUCCGUAUUCAGUUCGGCGUUUGAACAACUCUCUUCGUAUUUGUUGAAGUUAAGAGAUGAUUCGUUUGAAAUUUUCUUGUCCAUUUUGGAUAUUCUUACCUUGGCAGAUGAGACAGAUUCGGAGUUGAAUCUAAUAGAUUAUUUCUACAAAUGCGGUAUCCUGAAAGCGAUAUUCGACGCGGCGUUUCUCCAGAAUAAGCUAUCCAAUUUCCAGCAGGGGCAAUUGCUCCAGCCGGUUGCUAGAAUUGCCUGCAUAAACCCCGCCAGUAUUGUCGAGCUAUUAAAGAACUAUCAUAUGUCUUUACCAACGGUUGCAGAAAAUUCGCGUCUAUCAGAAGUAGACCGCUAUGCUAUUACCAGAGAUGAUACGGACUUUGAUGGGACAGUAAACUAUUUCAUUGGGAGGUGGCUCGCUUGCUUUUCUUGUUUCUAUGAUCCUAAAAUCAAGAAAAUACACAUUCUGGGAAUUUCAAGCCUAUUAAAAACAGGAUUCGGCUGCAUAUUGAACCAUUUCAAUGCAAUUGCUACAAUCUGGGUUGAAAUAUUAGAGGAGGUAAAUGAAACCGCUGACGGCGACUGUUUGAAGUAUCAUCCAGAACCAAAUUCCGAAUAUGUCACUUGUGAUCAGCUGCGCCAGAUAGAACUAACAAGAACAAACGAUCCUAUUCACAACGUUAACCUCCGGAAAUUCAUAGCUGACUUGAUGUCCGUUUUAGAAUCCGAGUUGGGCUCACAGUACGGAGCUUUCCUGGAUUCUAUAGACAAAAGCAUCCUAUCAAACCUGCAGAUAUUUUUAUCAGUGUCUCCUCAAUCCUUAGAGUAA